AUGCGCUCCUUCGCAGCAGCAACACGUUCUAUCGCGCGCCAGCAGACGUCGUGCAGAAGCAGCUUCCAACGCCAGACGCUCCUAGCAAUCGUGUCAAGAAGAUACUCGAGCAACAUGGGCCACAACGUGCCUGCCCUCAAGGACCCAUCUCUCCUCAAGAGCCAGACCUAUGUCAACGGUGAAUGGAUAGGCGCCAAAUCCGGCAAGACCUUCGAGGUCCAUGACCCCGCCACCGGCAAGCUCAUCGGCACCCAGCCUGAGAUGGACCGCACCGAUACCGAAGCUGCCAUUGCUGCCGCCGCCGCCGCUCUGCCCUCGUUCAGCAAAUUGACUGGCCGCGAGCGCUCACGUCUGCUGCGCAAGUGGUACCAGUUGAUGACUGAAAAUGCUGAGGAUCUUGCGACGCUCAUCACAUGGGAGAAUGGCAAGCCGUUGGCUGAUGCAAAAGGCGAGGUCUCGUACGCAGCCAGCUUUUUCGAGUGGUUCUCUGAGGAGGCGCCGAGGGUGUACGGCAACACCAUCCCCUCGAGCGUGGGUACAAACAGGGUCUUUACAAUCAAGGAGCCAGUCGGUGUUUGCGGACUCAUCACACCAUGGAAUUUCCCUGCUGCUAUGAUCACCCGUAAGAUCGGACCUGCGCUGGCCGCUGGUUGUACUGUGGUGGCAAAAUCUCCUGGCGAAACACCCUUCACAGCUGCAGCGCUCGCAGAGCUUGCACACCGCGCAGGCAUUCCCAAAGGCGUAGUGAACUUCGUCACAGCAAUGGAGAACACGCCCGAGGUGGGCGAGACCAUCACAACUAGCAAGACCAUCAAGAAGGUCUCCUUCACUGGCUCUACCGGCGUAGGAAAGCUCUUGAUGAAGCAAUCUUCUUCGACUCUGAAGAAACUGUCUUUUGAGCUCGGCGGCAAUGCCCCCUUCAUUGUCUUUGACGAUGCCGACCUUGAGACCGCGGUAGCGGGCGCCAUCGCCUCCAAGUUCCGCUCUUCAGGCCAAACUUGCGUAUGCGCCAACAGAAUAUAUGUCCAAUCUGGCAUCUACGACCAGUUUGCCGAGCAGUUCACCGAGAAGGUCAAAGGUUUCAAGGUCGGUGCAGGUUUCGAGGAGGGUGUUACCCACGGUCCCGUCAUCCACGACCGCGCUGCGAAGAAGGUGGACGACCAUGUACAGGAUGCUGUGAAGAACGGCGGCAAGGUUCUCAUUGGCGGACAGAAGCUCCCAGACCUGGGCAGCGCCUUCUACCAGCCCACAGUAAUCCGCGACAUGACAGCCGACAUGCAGCUCGCACAUGAGGAGACCUUCGGCCCCGUUGCUGGUCUUUUCAAGUUCGACACCGAAGCCGAUGUCGUCAAGCUGGCAAACGCGGCGGAUGUUGGCCUUGCAGGAUACUUCUUUAGCAGGGACAUUCAGAGGGUGUACAGGGUUGCUGAAGCGCUUGAAGUCGGUAUGGUUGGUGUGAACACUGGAUUAAUAUCGGACCCUGCGGCGCCGUUUGGAGGUGUCAAGGAGUCCGGCUUCGGCCGCGAGGGUAGUAUGCUGGGUAUUGAGGAAUACAUGACAACGAAGACCAUCACGAUGGGCGGUAACGGGCAGCCUUUACAAGGGCAGUAG